AUGUGCUACUACGGAAGAUUCUACGGAGGCCUGGGCUAUGGCUAUGGAGGCCUAGGCUGUGGCUAUGGCUGUGGCUAUGGCUGUGGCUAUGGAGGCUAUGGCUAUGGCUGUUGUCGCCCACUAUGUUGUAGAAGGUACUGGUCCUAUGGCUUCUACUGA